UCCUGACUACGCCGCAGGUUGAGUGUGCGCAGAAAAGACUGUCUAACUGAUCUCACGAUAUUUCGUGAAACCUUCGCCUUCCAAGUAUCUAUCGAUUUUGUGAAACUCGCUGUUGGGUAUGUCAUUCACUCGUACGGCCCUGUAUCCAUGCAAUCCUGUAACUACGCGCGGGGUGUCGAGCAAGCUCAGCUCCCACCAAGAUAAGAUCAUCUAUGCAAAUGGAAGGACUAUAGUAAUCCACGAUCUCAAGGAUCUUGCAUCGAGCAAAACUUUUUCCGGUCACUCUCAGAACACAACAGUUGCCCGGUUCUCUCCUUCCGGGUACUACUGCGCAUCUGCUGAUGCAACUGGUUUGGUGAAAAUAUGGGAUACGAUCGGUGAGGACCAGUCAGUAAAGUGGCAAUACAAGAUUAUCUCUGGGCGCGUAAAUGAUCUCGCCUGGGACGGCGAAAGUAAGAGGAUGAUUGUAGUGGGCGAUGGAAAAGACAAGUUUGGCCGCCCUAUCAUCAUCGAUACUGGUGCAUCUUGCGGUGAGAUUAUUGGCCAUUCAAAGGUUGUGAACGCAGUCUCCAUACGUCAUCAACGCCCAUACCGGGCCGCUACUGGCGGUGAUGAUGGUUUGAUCAUCUUCAGUCAAGGGGUACCGUACAAGCACGAAAAGACGAUCAGGACGCACACAAGAUUUGUUCAGGAUAUUAAAUAUGCGCCUUCCGGGGACCUUUUUGCAAGCGUAGGGUCGGAUUACAAGGUAUUCUUGUAUGAUGGCAAGACAGGUGAUACUCUAGCUGAGUUCACUGAGAAUGCCCACAACGGCAGUGUUAUGGCUUGCUCGUGGAGCGGAGACAGUAAAUCUCUCUUGACAUCUUCUCUGGACUGUACUGUCAGAUUAUGGGACGUCGAGUCCCGAAAGGUCGCAAAAACAUGGAAUGUCGGCAAGGGCAUCUCGAAUCAACAAGUUGGCUGCGUUUGGACAUCCUCGGACGACCUUGUGUCCCUCUCUCUGUCUGGUGUGUUGAAUAUAUUUGACAAGCGCGAGAACAAGGAUCGUCCAUCGCGCGUGCUCCAGGCGCCUCAGAAAGCCAUCACAUCGGCCGUCCGGGGUCCUUCAAGCACGUUCAUGGCAGGAUCUGCGGAUGGUCGUGUCUUCUACUAUGACACAUCUUUGCACUCCAUUCAUGCUGUCGAGGGCGAAGGACACACAAACUUGGUGUCCGGAUUGGCAGCCGGGCCUAAGGAACAGUUAUACUCAUCCGGAUGCGAUGAUCGCGUGCGUGAAUUAGAGCCAAGUGGCGGAACGUUUAGCUUUACACAAACGUUAUUCAGCACAUCCUCUCAGCCAAAGGCACUCACAGUAACGAUGGAUGGAACUUUAUUUGUGGUCGGAGUUGACAGAGUAGAAGCAGUUAGAAGUAAUCAGCGCGUUUUUGAGCUUAAACCAACGUACAUCCCAAGCGCUAUAGGGGCAGCUGGAAAUACUGUCGCAAUUGGUGCUGAGGAUACCAAGGUUUAUGUGUAUACAUGGGAUGGCAGAACGCUGUCAGAAUCGUACGUGUUAGGGGGAAACAAGGGUCCCAUCACGGCCAUCACGGUCUCCGCGAAUGGUGAACACAUCGCUGCGGGAGAUUCUGCUGGAAAGAUCGUACUUUUCGGCACUGCAGGCAAAGAAAAAAUAACUGAUCGCUGGGCUCACCAUACAGCACGUAUAGCCUCUCUAGCAUUCCUUUGCCCAUCUGCCACGGAGUCAGCUACUCACGUUGCGUCCAUCUCGUUGGAUACCAACGUGUACAUUUACAGUGUAACGAACAUUUCGAAGUACGUGGCAAUCAGGGGUGCUGCGCCAGGCGGCGGUUCUGCAGUUUUAUGGCUCGAAUCUCAAGAGAAGGGAAGGGGGAAACUAGUGGGUGCAGGUGCAGACGGCUGUGCGAGAAUUUGGGAAGUCACUUUGCCGUAGUGAAUUCUAGAUGCAACGUAUAAUAGAUGUACCUAUAGCAUAACUUGCGAAAGAUAUACAUGUGAGAUGUGAC